UGCAGAAACGCGCGUGGAGCCUGGAAAGUCGGGGCACUCUCAGGCACCUCUGCUCCGGGUACCCGCCAGCAGUCAGCACCAUGGACAGCGACAGCGUCUUGGCCGAUGCCAGCAAUUGCUCUGAUCCCUUCCUGCGCUCAAACUGCUCCCCAGCGCCUGGCCCGGUGUCCUGGGUCAACUUCUCCCACUUAGAGGGUAACCAGUCGGACCCAUGCGGUCCGAACAGCACCGACCCGGGAAGGAGCGACAGUCUGUGCCCCCCGAAUGGCAGUCCUUCCAUCAUUACCGCCAGCAUCAUCAUGGCCCUCUACUCCAUUGUGUGCGUGGUGGGUCUCUUCGGAAACUUACUGGUCAUGUUCGUGAUUGUCAGAUACACCAAAAUGAAGACAGCCACUAAUAUCUACAUUUUCAACCUUGCUCUGGCAGAUGCCUUAGCAACAAGUACCCUUCCCUUCCAGAGCAUUAAUUACCUAAUGGGAACAUGGCCCUUUGGAACCACUCUCUGCAAGAUUGUCAUCUCCAUAGACUAUUAUAAUAUGUUCACCAGCAUAUUCACCCUCUGUACCAUGAGUGUAGACCGCUACAUUGCAGUCUGUCAUCCUGUCAAGGCCCUGGAUUUCCGUACUCCCCACAAUGCCAAGAUCAUCAAUGUCUGCAACUGGAUCCUCUCUUCAGCCAUUGGUCUUCCUGUCAUGUUUAUGGCAACCACAAAAUAUAGGCAAGGCGCCGUAGAUUGUACACUAACAUUUUCUCAACCAACCUGGUACUGGGAAAAUCUUUUGAAAAUCUGCGUUUUCAUCUUUGCAUUUAUUAUGCCUGUGCUCAUUAUUACGGUGUGUUAUGGGCUGAUGAUAUUACGUCUCAAAAGUGUUCGCAUGCUCUCAGGCUCCAAAGAAAAAGACCGAAACCUGCGAAGAAUCACCAGGAUGGUAUUGGUAGUUGUAGCAGUAUUCAUCGUCUGCUGGACUCCCAUUCACAUUUAUGUCAUAAUUAAAGCCUUGAUUAUUAUCCCAGAAACUACUUUCCAGACUGUUUCCUGGCAUUUCUGCAUUGCUCUAGGUUACACCAACAGUUGCCUAAAUCCUGUUCUUUAUGCAUAUCUGGAUGAAAACUUCAAACGCUGCUUUAGAGAGUUCUGUAUCCCUACUUCCUCCACCAUUGAACAGCAAAACUCAACCCGAAUUCGUCAGAACACAAGAGAUCAUCCUUCCACAGCCAACACAGUGGAUAGGACUAACCACCAGCUAGAAAAUCUGGAAGCAGAAACUGUUCCAUUGCCCUAAAUGGGUCUCAUACUAUUCACAUCCUGACUGAUCUUGGAAGUCACUGCUGAUUAGUAGGAAAUCACUAAGGAUGUAUAGAAGACUUUAGUUUCCUAGGAAAGGACCGUCUUCUGAAUGAUCAAAACCUCUUUCCUCUUGGGUCAGGCCACUCCACUCUGCACAUUCAAAGGACAACCAGUCUAAGUCAAAUACUGGGAAUAAAAAGACUAAAUCAAACUAGCAUGUCCAGUCCUUGUCAUGUGAAGAUGACCAUUGGCAUCAAAAUACAUCAGAUGGUAUGUGGAUUGAGCUCAUCAUAGAAGAUGACUCUAGUAUAAAUUAUAUUUUAUUUUCAUGCAAAUAGCUUUGACUUUAGUACAGAAAACAAUCAUUAAAUUUAUCGUGGUAACACAUAAAGAAAAUGCUACCUCUCAGAUCAAUGCACCAGUGUGGAAAGUCCAAUGCUUCCUAGCAGUCUUUGUAAGGGAAUAUUUGGCUCUAUUUUCUAAUUUUAGUGUUAGCCUUAAUAUCAUCUUCUGUUAAAGACAUAAUACCCACCUUAAUUUGUUGAUU